UGACGUCAUUUCUUGGGGCAGGCUCAAACGUGGGCGGCGCUGCUGUGAGUUUGGUCCCACGCAAGCAAGCGGAGCUCGACCUUCUCCUCCUUCACUGUGGUCACGACUCGCGUGGAAGAGGCUGGCAAGAAGAGAGGAGUGCCACAUUUGCCUCAUUUUCUUUUUUUUUUUUUUUUUUUUUUUUUGCAAGGAACUAGUAGCGGAUCUCCUUCCCUCUCUCCUUCCCUCCCAUGUCGCCACGCGUGUCCGUUUCGGCGUGGACUCCUCUGCGCGUGGCUUCCUCGGACCGACGCACGGCUUAUGCCUCGCGGGACUGACCGGUCUGCAUCCGUCCUCCUUGUCUCCCCUCCAAGGUGUCAUGAAUUUGGAGAGGCUCUCCGAGGCCGCAGCGCGAGCCCACGCGAAUCCUCCUCCUCCUCAGGCGUCACGCGACGUGGGCCCGGCGUUCCACUUGCAGCCCAGAAGCGCCACCAUCAACACGAGCGCUCGUGGGGCGACUUUGGAGCACUCGAGCAGCGAGUCUUCGGACACGGAGUUGGCAGGUACACCGAAGGGGCGGUGGGGUGCAAAAAAAAAGAGCGACGAGGCGGGCGGGGACGACCCCAAGAAGAAGAAGCAGCGGCGGCAGCGCACGCACUUCACCAGCCAGCAGCUGCAGGAGCUCGAGGCCACCUUCCAGCGGAACCGCUACCCGGACAUGAGCACCCGCGAGGAGAUCGCCGUGUGGACCAACCUCACCGAGGCCAGAGUGCGGGUUUGGUUCAAGAACCGGCGCGCCAAGUGGCGCAAGCGCGAGCGUAACCAGCAGAUGGACUUGUGCAAGAACACGUACCUGCCGCAGUUCAGCGGCCUCAUGCAGCCCUACGACGACAUGUACCCGGCGGCGGCGGCCGCGGCCGCCUACACCUACAACAACUGGACCAACAAGGGGCUGCACGGCCCGGCGCCCCUGGCCACCAAGAACUUCCCCUUCUUCAACUCCAUGAGCCCCCUCACCACGCAGUCCGUGUUCUCGUCGUCCCCCGCGUGCGCCUCCAUCUCCGGCAUGAGCAUGCAGGCGGCGUCCGCCGGCAUGGCGCACUCGGGGGUGCCGACCGUGGGCGGCCCGGGCCUCAACAACAUCGGCAACCUCAACGCCAUCGGCGGCUCGGGCCUCAACGGCGGCAUGUCGUCCCCGGCGUGCCCUUACGGAGCGCCGGGCUCGCCGUACGGCGUGUACCGGGAGACGUGCAACCCGGCCGGCCUGGCCACGCUCAGACUCAAGUCCAAGCAGCACCACCCUACGUUCGGCUACGGCGGGCUGCAGAGUCCCGGAUCCGGCCUCAACGCCUGCCAGUACAACAGCUGACCCCACGGGCGGGGCCGAACCGUGCGCGGGGGCGCAGAAACGCAACUCGACUGGAUUAGGGGGCGAUCGUCGUUUCAGACGUUGGAUGGUGCGGGUUUCGAUUUUACCGGUGCGUUUUGACGCUUCCCUCGUUUGUUUUAAACAUGUUUUAGAAAACAACAACAACAACAAAAAGAUGAAGACUUGUUACGCCGCGCUGUACUCACAGCGCAUGUACAUAUAUACAGACUCUUACUUAUACAAUGUCUUUUCGUGCUUGCUUGCUCGCUUUAGAGGACUUUAAAAUGUUUCAAUUUCAACGAUUAAAAAAACGAAAAAAAAACAUUGUGCAUAGACAAACUUACGUGUGUGUACUUUUUUUUUUUAAAGAAGCAAGCCGAAUAUCUCAUUUCAGAUGCUCCGUUAAUUUUAAUUUCGCAAUCGAAAUUUGCAUUCAACUAUUUUUAAAUUUUAGGAGACACUUCGAAUGUGUUCAAAAUACGCCGAGCGAGGCUUGCAAUUUCCCAGGUGCUCCUAAAGUAAUCUAAUCAAUGCGUGAUUGAUACGAGGCGCCUAUCAGCUGCAGACUGAUAUUGAUGAGGGAGACUGUGUGAGUUAGCUGAUAACAACGUGUAAAUUGGGAUUAGCCACUUAUAAUAAAAAUGUGAGCUGAUGCUCUUUAGAGGCUUUAUGGUUGAAAUGUAAU